CGGUGACUGCUGGUGGCGGUGGUGGUUGUGAUAUCUCUCUCGGCGGGCACUACGGCCGUGUGUGUGGGUCGGCGCUGGACGCGGAACUGCAGCACUACCAUAAAUUGUGGUAAUUGAGUUCAAUUUAUUCCAUGCCGGUAAAGUGGAGGCACCCUUUUCCAGCGAUGUUCAAUUCAAAUCUGAGGCUGUGCGCGCACAGUGCCAUCGCAGAUUCAACCACAACGGCUGUGAUGGAAGUAACGGACGUCACGAGAACCCUGAUAUGUCGGGCAUGCCUGGUCCUUCUCGGUCCCGAGGAUGUCUCAUAUAAUCUCGUCAGGGAGCAGGAUUUGGCUGAAAAAUAUUUUGGCUGUAUUGGCGGCGAUGCCGGAAAGAUGCUGAGGCUCCAACAGAACGAGGAGGAUGAGCUCCAGCAGCCGCAACUGGUCCUUAAAAGCAUCUGCGAGUGCUGCUACCACUUGGUGCAAAAGUUUCACGACUUUCAACGCAUGUGCGAAGAAUCCUCACGCAACUUUGAGAAACUGUUGCUGGACAUCGACUACCACUGCAUCGAGGAGCAGGAUGUUGGAGUCUCCUUGCCGGAUUUAGAUACGCCAUCGGAUAGCAAUGAUUCCACUAAUCAGAAGCCCCAAAUGGACACACUCGGCCCCAAAAACAUUGAGGAAGUCUACAUAAUGGAGGAUGAUAAUACCAAGCAGGACCUUACACAGGAAAAGAUACCUUCAUUAUCACAACGCAGUUCCACAGGACAAAGGAAACGUCGAGCGAGAAACACCCUUGAGUGCAAGGAGUGCCAACGGGGCUUCUACAAGACGUCCCUGCUGGAGGCCCACAUGAAACAGCACGAGGGCAUAAAUCCCUAUACCUGCGUCCACUGUGGUAAGAGUUAUGCGAGAGCCAAUCUUCUGGAAGAGCACCUGCAAAAGAGGCACAGUAGUACUGCUGAGCAGGAAACCUAUCCCUGUUCCAGCUGUGAUAAAGUGUACACUGCCUACCGGAGUCUCAAAUAUCAUUUUAAACAACAACACGAGGUAGUCGACAAAAAGGAAGUAUCCAUUCAGCACAUCUGUGAGAAAUGUGGAAAAUCUUUUGGACGAAAGGCUCACCUCACUCGUCACAAAUGGACUCACUCCAGCCAGGAUGAGCUGAAAUAUGGUUGUGAAUUUUGUAGUAAACGAUUCUACACGAAGGAGAACAUGCUGGAUCACCAAAAGCGACUGCACGGAGUCCAUGGCCUGCUGAGGUGCCGGAAGUGCGGUCGGAUCUUCAAGAGCUGGUUGGAGCUCAAAGAACACUUGAAAAAGCACAAGAAGCUAGAUAAUGUAGUUCAAUAA